GGCAACGCCGAGGCCCUGGUGGCCCUGCUGGUGCUCGCCGCCCUGUACUACGUGGAGGGUGGCAGCCUGGGCAAGGCUGCCGCCUGCUACGGGCUCGCCGUGCACGUGAAAAUAUACCCGCUGACUUACGCGCUGCCCAUCGCGCUUCACCUGCAGAGCAAGAGGCACGGUGGCAAAGGGGCCACGGGCGCGGGGCGCCGCGGAAAAGCGAGGUUUCCUUCAGUAGGGUACCUCUGGCAGCUUUUUCUAAACCGUGACGUGCUGCUUUUUGGAACAGUUGCUGGAUCUGUGCUGGCUGCCCUGACCAUUGCGUUUUACUACCUCUACGGCUGGGAGUUUUUGGAGCAUGCCUACCUCUACCACCUGACCAGGAGGGAUAUCCGUCAUAACUUCUCUCCCUAUUUCUACAUGUUGUAUUUAACUGCAGAGAGCAAAUGGAGUUUUGUCCUUGGGCUCGCAGCCUUCCUGCCCCAGCUGCUUCUGCUCUUGGUUGUGUCCUUAGCGUUUUACAGAGACCUUGCCUUCUGUUGUUUCCUACACACUGCUGUUUUUGUGAGUUUUAACAAAGUAUGCACGUCCCAGUAUUUUGUGUGGUAUCUCUGCCUUUUGCCCCUUGUAAUACCUAGUAUUAGGAUGUCCUGGCGUCGUGGUGUACUGCUUCUCUCUUUGUGGUUUGUUGGACAGGGCCUGUGGCUUGCUCCUGCAUACUUCCUGGAGUUUAAAGGGUAUAACACUUUUUUACUUAUAUGGUUGGCAGGCUUGCUUUUCCUUUUCAUUAAUAGCUUCAUACUCAUUCAGAUCAUUUCACAUUACCGAAAAGACGCACAAGUGGUUGAAAAACCCAAACAACAGUAAUAAAUGGAUAAGCCAAAAUCCAGAAACAGUACCACUGUUUAAGGAGGCUUUUCAUACCACCAGCGCCUUGUUCAAUGUCAGUGUAUGUAGACUGUAUUAAAGCGUGUCCUAUGUAAAUGAUCUUUUGUCAGGGCCCUGAGGACAUUAAUUGGCCUUAAUUGCACUGAGCAGCUUCAGUCCUGGCCUGAGCAGUGUCUGCAGGUGUCCCUGACUCCGGCCUUGUCUCUGGGAUAGACACGGAAACUGUGCUGUAGCCUUGUCUCCAGUUCUGUUUCCAGCCCUGUCUCCUGGAUGGACCCUGGACCCGCCUGUCCUCUAGUCCUGUCUCUGCACCCGACUCCUGUUGCUCCUGACUGGACUCCCCAGACUUGCCAUGCCUGGGGCUCUUGAUGGACCAUGUUACCAGCACCCAGCUUUGCCUGCUUUGUCCACAUGCAGUCAGACUGUGCCCUGGUUAGUGAGGGCGUUGACUGCACUGGCCUCACCCUCAGCUCCCAGCUCGGCCCCUGUCAUGGAGUAGCCCUGUUCUUCCUGUUCCCUGAUAUCCUUUUCGUCUCAUAUGUCUCUUUCUGUUAUUAUUUUACUUUAAUCUUCACUUUUUGAGGACUGGGGCCUCUGUCUAGGAAAACAUGGAUUAUAAAGGGAUGUUGGAGUUUUACAGUCUUGUUAUAUGUUAGUAAGUGGGUUUUGGUUCUGUUUGUUUUUGCAAGGGUUAAGCUAAUGAAUAAAUAUAAGACAAUCACUUAAUGUAUACACUCAGAUUUUGUUUCUUUCCACGCUAACAUUUUGGUUAUACAGUCUUUGUGACUGUACCUAGUCUUUCUUAGCAAAGUAGGGAAAAAGUGAUUAUUUUGUAGUAUUCUUUAAGUCUUUGAAACUUUGUAAUUUAUUUAAUGAUUCCAAUACCCUGCUCUUUUUCCUUUUCAGCGCUGUUUGAAUUUUUGAAGAGACUUUUUCUCCUUACCGUUCAGGACAAUCUUUCCAAAUACCUGACUUGGGUCACAUAAAUGUAUAAAACAAAAAUAUUUGUGUUCCUUGCUGCCAUAAUCUUAAAAAAACAGGCCGCUACUUUAAAUUGCAGGGUGACAGUUGUUCUGGAUGUUAACAGUAACGAAUGCAGAUGGAGUCACAGUAUAGCUAGGAAGGGCAACUAUGUCCCCAAAGCACAAGAGUUAGUACCAGAAGGAAAUUGAAAAUACAGUUUCUCAGUAGUUCAAUAUCUCUGCUAUUAAAAAUAAAUGAAAAAGAAAGUGAAAGGGAUUGAGGAAGCAGGACAGUUGCUAGAAGAAAGGAAAGUUUUAAAAUAGUGAGCUCCGCAACUUGUCAAAAUAAGAUACUUAUUCCUAAAUGAGACAUGAGAAGAUGUGGAAUGGAGCAGUGGGUGGUAUUAUGAGGAGCUGAGAGCCAUUUUGGAGUCAUUGCUCUUUCUCUCCAAAUUUAUCCUAAGCGGAGUCUGGUCUGCACAGCCCUAGGCAGAGGAAGAGUUUGGCCAUAUGUUUUUAAAUAAAAUCUUAAGUUUGAAUAGGCAUAUACCAAAUCUAUAUCCUAAAGAUUUUCAUAUUUGCCUCAU